CCUAAUAAGUAAAUUUAGUAAACCAUCUCCCACUUCAUACUUUCUCAAUUCCGAUCGCGUUCUCUGCUCUUCCAGCGAUGCCGAGAAGGGUUUUUUGCAAGUACUUUGGACGUGGAACAUGCUUGAAGGGAGAGAGUUGCAAUUUUUCACAUGACUGGAGGCAUCAACCUAACAAAGUAUGUACCUUUUAUCAAAAGGGGCUCUGCAACUAUGGCCCUAGUUGUAGAUAUAACCAUGUCAUAGUUUCUGGACAUGAAACUUCUGUAGCAGUAUCCUCAGAAUCUUGCUCUCAAAUAGAAUCAAGUUCUUCUCAAGAUGCUUUUCCAUCAAGAGAUUUAAGGAAUCGAGACACCAGUCAAGCUUUUACUAUUCCAACUGUUUUGCCAACUUCGAGCCAAUCUCAUACACCUCACGAAGGUGCGCAAAACCAGGCGAUUAGUUCUAAUGUGGAUAUCCAUGUUUCUGCUCAUAGCAGGCCAUCUGAUCUACCACUUUGUUCCUUUAACCACGUUGGUAGUUGUCCUCAUGGUGAAAAUUGUCAUCGUAUUCAUGGAGAGUUGUGUUCUAUUUGCGGUAAACAUUGCUUGCAUCCAUUUCGACAAGAAGAAAGAGACAAACACAUAGAGUCUUGCCAGAGAAACAAGGAGGUUCUUGAAACUUUGAAGUACAGUAAGGAAAUAGAAUGCAGUAUUUGCUUAGAACGGGUACUCUCUAAACCCACAAUUACUCAGCGGAAGUUUGGAAUAUUACCAGAGUGUGACCAUCCAUUCUGCAUUGAAUGCAUUCGGAAUUGGCGUAGUAACUCUCCGUCUUCUGGCAUUGAUUUGAACACUGCAUUAAGAGCCUGCCCUGUUUGCAGGCAGCAUUCAUAUUUUGUCAUUCCCAGCACAACAUGGUUCUCCACAAGUGAAGAAAAACAAGAGAUUAUUGAUAACUACAAAAGGAAACUCAAGUCAAUUGACUGCAAAUAUUUUGAUUUUGGAAAUGGAACUUGCCCCUUUGGAGCUAUCUGCUUCUACAAGCAUACUAUUCGACCAAAUGCAAGUAGGCGGAAUCCUGAUAGAUCUAACAGAGAUAGGCCUCGUCCAUACAGGUCUAGACAACUAGUGGAGGAAGUGGACCGACUAGUCACGAACUAUGAGUUAGCUAACCUUGCUUCCAUGUUAGAUCUUGAUGAGGAAUUGGAGGAUCUAGCUAAUGAUGAUGAUCUUGGCGAUUUAUUAGCAAUGAGUUUCUUUCUUAUGCACAUGGAUGAAGAAGGAACAAGUGAUGAAGAUAUUUAGCCCCAUUGUGCAUCCUUGGUGUUUAGUCACGGAGUAGGGUUUGUCCAUGAGUUCAUGUUCAAAUCCAGUGGCACCCCAUUUGUUACCUAUUUUGAGCAAUAGCUAUUCCUGGAUGAUUUAUGAUGUGCUGCUAUAUGCCUUGUUGCGCAACAAUCAGCACACUCUGAAAAAGAAUUUAGAUGUGAGAAUUACUUCACCUCUGCGCUGCUAUAAAAAGCUUGUGGCUGGGAUGUAUUUUCAUGUCAUGUAGUGAUAAUUAUAUGCUUUAUAAUCUCCGAUUAUACAUGAUUAUUUGUAA